CGACCAUCGAUUAGUGCACCUGCUAUAUGGCCGUGACAACCGACGAACAUUCCUUUUUACCAUGUCCCCAGCAGUAUACCGUGGAUACCCCAGAUAUCCAACAUGUCGUCCUCCUCCACUCCGCUCGCGCCCGCGCAGACGCACGCCCUUUUUGACAUCCUGAUUCAUCACCAAAUAUACGCCGAAAUCGAGGCCUUCAAAUACCCCUCUACCAUCGACCAAUAUGGAUACCCUUUCCGCAAAGCCGACGGCGUGCAGACGACAAGUCCACUGCUGCAGAACAUGCUCAACAAGUUCGCGCUGACGAACCCCGCGCUGAAGAACCUGGACACGGUCUUUUGGCAGGACAAAAUCCAGACGCUGGUCGCACGUAUGGCAGAGGCAGAGCUGAGUGAGAGCUACGAUAAGGGCGCGAUUGGGUCAAGAAAAGCGCUAUCCACAGCCGCGAGCAGUAUUCUAGAAUACGUUGGCAGGGGCAUGCUGGGCGGGUACCCUGUUGCACAGAAGGAAGAUGACGGCAAGAAGCAGUAUGACACCAGCAAGCCAGAAGACGUAUUAGAGGCAUGGGAGGAAUGCGCGCGCAGCUUCAUAUAUGGCGACCUGCUGGAUCACCUGCUUGAAAAAGUCACAACAACGGACAAGCUGGAAGACCACACCAGCCUAGUGCAGGCAGGCCACGAGUUUAUCCUGCUGAACAUUGCCUCGUUCAUCCACCAUGUCUUUGUUAUGUCGCCAGAUGGCCAAUACCUCGUCCGUCUGCUCGAGAACAUUCACCGCCUCAUCCCAUACUAUAUGAUCAAGCAGACCCUCCGCGUCGGCAACGCAGCGUCUAUGAUCAACGGCAUGGUCAGGCUGAUUCUCGCAAAACUUUCCGUCACCGCCAUGACCAACUGGAUAGGUCUCACCAACAACUCUAACGAUGGCAUGAACCUGAUGCAGCAAAUUAUCAGCACAAUUCUGGCUUGGGACACCGCCGAGUUCCAGAAGAGGGCAUCGAAGCUCGAGUCAUCGCGGGAAGCACCAGAUAAGAAGGUCAUGAAAGCAAUAAAAGCACACGUCUAUGCUUCAAGAGACAGGCAUGAGGCAGCACGCAACAUGUCCAUCCAGGAGGGAAAAUCUAUCAUUGCUAUCAUAUUGGAGACGGCCGACAAACCUAUAAAGCCUGAUUCUGUCAAAGAUCAGCAACACGAGAUAGCCAUGGAAUACUAUGGUACCUAUCUCUCCAUCCGCGAUCGCGAAGAGAUAACGAAGGUAACCUGCAAAUCAAAUCCCGACGUCCUUACCUCGGCAGUGCGCGACUGUGUCUCUGCAAUGGACCCUGUCAUCCGCGCGAUACACAAUGCUGUCGAUCUCUCCAGUACCGUCACUGACGCCGAGAACUUCAUAACCGACCUUAUCAAGGCAUCGAAACCAAAGAAGAAAUCUGGUCGCAAAAGUCGCGAAACAAGCAAAGAGCGCGAUGCCAAUACCAGCAAUGUCGACACAGCACCUGCAAGCGUGACAGACACAGACAACGGCGACGCGCCUACCGUCGAAGAUUUCGUCGUUCUGUGUCGCAAACAUGCGCCCUCACUGCACAGGUUCCUGCACCAGGUUACGAAAAACGCUCCGAACCUAGCACAAGACUACCUUAUCUACGCAAAGCAGAUGUUCGGGGAAUUCAAGGCGGAUGCUGAAACACGUGAAGGUGGUGCAGGCAACAUGACAGCACCUCUAAAUGCCUUAUUCGAGACACUUCCCCAUUCCAAACAGGACGAGCUCAAGAAGCUGCUCGACGAACACGCUGCCCGUCUCUCCGAGCUCAAAGGCACGAGCCAGUCGCGUCUCGAGAGCAUAAUGCGCAACGGCGAGACAAAGGGUUCUACACAUGGACCGGGUAUGUACCUUUCACGCUGGAACUCGCUGCUUGACAGCACCCUGAUUACCCCCGCUUCCAUCUCGGGGCCAGUACGACGCGGCUGGGAGGUAAAGGGCGAAUUAGACGGUAAGGGUCUAAAGACCAGCAGUGCGCUACAGAACUCCAAGGGCGGGAAGACAGCCAAUGGAGUCAGCAUGGCAAAUGGGCUAGGCGACGCGCAGGACCGGAAGGAGAGGAAGAGAGACGGCAUGGAAGAGGACAAGAUGGCGACAGUCUGGGAAGCUAUGCGAGAUGGGUGGGUAAGCGUCUGCAGAGGACUGGAAGUUAUGGGCAGCGACUGAGCGACUUACCACUACUUUACGAUUAUUCUCAAGACGGCUCGCACGUUCAGCGACAUUCCGAUACGGCUCUUUCAUAUGACAACGAGUUGAUGAUGGCAUGAUGACACGACAUAAGGCAUCCAGACGGCAUAAGGCAUCUAGACGGGCAUGAUUUUCCUAUCAACAUGUAUAAUAAUGACUGCUGUGUACGGCAUGCAAAACUUGUACACAACACAUAAGUGAUGUAUGCGGACAGUUUCCGUUGUACGAGGAUUCUCAGCCUGACGUAAUCCAACCAAAUCCGAUGUGUUUCCGCCAGCCUCACCCCGAGCUCUUUCGCGCAACCUUCGUUAAUGGCACUGUUGACCUGGAUUGAGUG